AUGCCUCAUUCUUUCGGCUAUCGUGCAAGAACUCGUUCAAAAUUCUCUAAGGGGUUUCGCCAAAAGGGUGUUCCUUUACUCUCUAGAUAUUUAAGCUCAGUACGUGUUGGUGACUAUGUAGACAUCGUUGUUGAUUCAUCUAUUCACAAAGGUAUGCCAUAUCAUUUUUACCAUGGAAGGACUGGGAUUGUUUACAAUGUGACUCCUCGUGCAGUCGGUGUCAUUAUCAAUAAAGUAGUCGGAAAUCGCAAGAUUGCAAAGAGAAUAAAUGUGCGCAUUGAACAUAUUAGGAAGAGUCGUUGUAAUGAGGACUUCUUAAAGAGAGUCCAGGAAAAUGAUAACUCUAGGCAUGAAGCUCAUUUAGCAGGCUUGCCUUCUCCAGUUACAAAGAGACAACCUGCUCUCCCACUACCUGGAGGUUUUGUUGAUUGUUCAAGUAUGGAAGUUCUAACUCCUCAUGUCACUAUACCUAUAUGUUAA